AUGGCGUUCAUCACCACCAGGCUCUUGCACCACUUAGCCCUAUUCCUCUUCCUCACGCAGCUCACCCACUCAGCCCUCGUCCCGAAGACCAACAACCAGCCCGCACUCAAGCCUCAGGCGUCGAACACCUACAUCGUCCAUGCCAACCACCUCGCCAAGCCGCCCCACUUCGCCUCCCUCGAGCACUGGUACCAUUCCAUGGUGGCCGCCCACUCACCUCGGCCCGUCAACACCGGCCGCAUCUUGUACACCUACGACACCGUCAUGCACGGCUUCGCCGUCCAGCUCACCGACGACGAGGCCCGGGGCAUGUCCAGCGCACCCGGCGUCACCGGGCUGUACAAGGACAGGCUGAUCAACCUUCACACCACGAGGUCCCCGGGGUUCAUCGGCCUCGACCCGGGGAACGCCGCCUGGAACGAGACAAACUACGGCGACGGCGUCAUCAUCGGCUUCAUCGACACCGGCAUCUGGCCCGAGAGCGUGAGCUUCGAUGACAGCGGGCUCGGCCCCGUCCGGCCGAGCUGGAGGGGCGAGUGCGUCGACGCCCACGACUUCAACUCCAGCUUGUGCAACAACAAGCUGGUUGGCGCCAAGGCCUUCGACGCUGCCGCGAAGGCAAUGGCGGGAAGCACGAGCGGCGGCGGCGUCCCCUCCCCGAGGGACAGGAUCGGACACGGUACGCACGUGUCCUCGACGGCCGCCGGCGCGCAGGUCCCCGACGCCAGCCUCUACAUGUUCUCGCGAGGGACCGCGUGGGGAAUGGCGCCCAAGGCGAGGAUCGCCAUGUACAAGGCGUGCGGCCCCGGCGGGUGCUCUAACGCGGACAUGGUAGCCGCCGUGGACGCUGCGGUCAAGGACGGCGUUGACAUCAUUUCCAUGUCCAUCGGAGGCCCUCCCCAACCCUUCCACGACGACGUGAUCGCCAUCGCCACGUUCGGUGCCGAGCGCAAAGGUAUCUUCGUGGCUCUCUCGGCCGGGAACUCCGGCCCGAUGGCAUCUACGGUAAGCAACUCGGCGCCGUGGAUGACCACCGUAGGCGCCGCCACCGUGGACCGGCUGUUCCCGUCGAACCUCACGCUCGGGAACGGGGUCGUGCUCGCCGGGAAGUCCCUUUACACCAUGCAGGCCAAGGGCACCAGCAUGGUCGAGCUGGUGUCCACCGAUUGCUCUGUGCCGGAGAACUUCACGCCCGACAAGAUCAUGGGCAAGAUCGUGGUGUGCACGACCGGAGCAGGCAUACCGCAUGGCAUCAAGGCGCAGAAUGCUGGUGGAUCCGGGCUGGUUGAUGUGGAUACUACUAGCUGGUUACGGGAUGGCAUCAUGGCCACGGCCUUCCCCCUUCCUGCUCUCACUUUGAGCUACACCGGAGGCGAGAAGCUCAGGGCCUACAUGGCCUCGGAGCCGAAGCCAGUGGCGUCCUUCAGCUUCGGCUGUGAGACGGUAACCGGCAAGAACCGGGCGCCGGUGGUGGUGAGCUUCUCGUCGCGGGGGCCCAACUUCGGCGCCCCUGAGCUCCUCAAGCCCGACGUCAUCGCGCCAGGAGUCAACAUUCUUGCCGCCUGGUCCGGCGCCGCCUCUCUGUUGGGAGAUUCAUCCCACUUCGACGACGGGAGGAGAAGCGACUACAACAUCAUCUCGGGCACCUCCAUGGCGUGCCCGCACGUCGCCGGCAUCGCGGCGCUGAUCAAGAAGGAGUACCCCAGCUGGACACCGGCCAUGAUACGGUCGGCGCUGAUGACGACCGCUGGAACGCUCGACAACCGCGGCCGGGACAUCCGCGACAACGGCGUCACGGUCGGCAGCAACAACGACACGGCCGCGACGCCGCUGGUGGCCGGGGCCGGGCACAUCCGCCCACGGCUGGCGCUGGACCCGGGCUUGGUCUACGAUGCCGGCGAGCGCGAUUACGUCGACUUCCUGUGCGCCAUGAACUACAGCGCGGGGCAGAUCCGCUCGUUCGUGCCGGACUUCAUCACAUGCACGAGGACGCUCGCCGGCGGCCCCGCCGGCCUCAACUACCCGUCCUUUGCCGUGGUCUUCGACAACCGCACCGCCACCCGCACGCUGACGCGGACGCUGACCAAGGUGUCCGAGGAGGCCGAGACUUACACUGUCAUCGUCAAGGCGCCGGAGCACGUGAAGGUGAUCGUCACGCCGCCGACCCUGGAGUUCAAGGAGCCCAAGGAGAUGAAGAGCUACACGGUGGAAUUCAGAAAUGAAGCCCCUGGAAACCGGAAGACAGAGUGGGCUUUCGGACACAUCAUCUGGCAGAACGAGAACCAUCAUGUCAGGAGCCCAGUGGCCUGCCAUUGGUAG